AUGGAAUCCCUCUUCCUCCGCACCGCUCCCCCCUUAGGCCCAGCAUGGCUCGCCUUCGAAGAACAGUCCGGCCUCAACAACCCACGCCAGGAGCUCCCCAUAGCCGAGCACCAAACUGCCUACGCAGCAGCAUGCCGCUCACUGAACGCCAAGAUGUUGGCCCCCGGGGCUCGGGAUCACCAUCUCUCCCUAAACGUCACCAAGACCGAGCUCACCGUCCCAUCGACACUCGCCUCGCCAUCCGGCGAUGAAGCAAACCGUUACCAAAUUCCAGUGAUACGUUAUCAGCAUGCCACUGCUUCCUCGGCGGGCGAAAGCGCCGCAGCGGGUUCCCAAGCCGAGGAGAAGCAACCGGAUAAGUCUUCUCACUCACCUACCGUCUCAUGCCCACUCAUUCUGCCCAAGACAGCUUAUCACUGUCUGUCCGUUCUCAACUACAUCCUCAACCAACACAGGUCGAACAGCACAAAGAACAAACUCAUCCUAGCAGGGAGUUCCUCUGGCGGCCAACUCGCCGCCCUCCUCUCACAAAACCCCACCACCCUCGGCACAAUCCACGGCGUCCUCCUCCGCUGUCCCGUAACCAGCGACGCCUUCAACGGCCUAGACCCUUACGUCCCAUUGCGUUUUCGACACCUGCACACCAGCGCCUGGGAUCCUUCCUUCUGGAACUCGCUGCUAGGCCAGAUGAAGCGGGCGGUGCCAUGGGACGGGCUGGAGAGGAUGCCGCUCGAGGCGGACGAGGAGACGUUGAAGGAACUGCCGAGGACGUGGAUCCAACUGUGCACGAACGACAGUCUGUACUCGGAUGGGCUCUGCUAUGCGAAAAUGUUGGAGGAGGCCGGGGUCGAGGUGAAGGUCGAUGUGGUGAGGGGGUGGCCGCAUACGUUUUGGUUGAAGGCGCCGGAGUUGGAGAGGGCGUUGGAGGUGGAGGAGGAGAUGGUUAGGGGGCUUGGGUGGCUGCUUGGCUGA